AGUUCAAACUAUAUAUUAAUUAUGAAGAAGUUCGUUGUAGCGUUAGCGCUUCUGGGAUACGUUUCAUCUGCCAAAUUGGACAACCUCAGAUAUUUGCCGCCUGAUAACAGAAACCUACCUGCCGGCGGGAACCAUGAAUCUGGAUUGGUAGCUCCCAGUCAAUCGGUGGAUCGCAAGCAACCUGUCAAUCAAUAUGGCACCGAACUAAACACCCAGAAGUUUGGAUCUAUACAAGGAAGGGAAACUUUUGGCAUAUUCCCGGCACAGAAACUGCAGUCGGGUGUUUCUGCUGACUCCUCGGAUAUUGCCGGCAAUGGCUUUGGAGGUUCCCGUAACUUCGCCAGACCAGUUGGAGAUCAAUCUAACAGCUUCGGAUCAUUCCAAAGUUUUGCAAAACCUGCAGGAGGACGGUCCAGCGACGCUACAUCGAGCCAAGAGUACACCAAACCCACCGAAACUCAGUCCAAUGGAUUCGGAUCGAGUCAGCAAUCGCCCAACCCAACUGGUAGUCAGGGUAAUGGUUUCGAGCCAACGAAAGAUUACUCCAAAGACACUGGCGAUGAGUCCAGCGUUUCAGUUGAACACGAACCUAAUAAAUUUCAACCCUAUGACUACACAAAGCAGUCCGGCGGUUACUCUCAAAACUAUGAAAAGCCGACUGGGGAUCAACCAAGUGGCUUUGGGGUCCCUCAGAAUAAUGAGAAGCCGUUCGUAGGUUCAUCUAACGGUUUCGCAGCAUCCCAGCAAAAUGGAAAACAAAGUGGGGGUCAAGCUAAUGGGUCCGGAUCAUUCCAAAAAUAUGGAGCACCCUCCGAAAGCCAAUCAAAUGGUUUCGCAUCCUUACAAAGAACUACCAAACCAGCUGAAGGACAAUUGAAUGGUUUCGGUGCUUUCCAGAACUAUCAAAAACCAAGUGAAGGCCAGACUGUUGGAUCAGGAUCAUUCCAAAAGUAUGAAGUACCAGCUGAAGGCCAAUCCAAUGGUUUCGGAUCCUUCCAAAGAAAUAGCAAACCGUCCGAAGGUCAGUUGAACGGUUUCAGUUCAUUCCAAAGUUCUAAAAAACCAACUGAAGGUCACGCUGGUGGGUCGGCAUCACUACAGAAUUAUGAAGCACCCGCUGAAGGCCAAUCGAAUGCUUUUGGAUCUUUCCAAAGUACUACUAAGCCGACUGUAGGGCAGUCGAAUGGUUUCGGCUCUUUUCAAACUUAUCAAAAACCAACUGAAGUUCAGGGUGAUAAGUCUGGAUCAUUCCAAAAGUACGGAGCACCCAGUGACGGACAAUCUAAUGCUUUCGGUUCGUUCCAAAACUUGAAGAAACCGACUGGGGGUCAGUUUAAUGGAAUCGAAUCUUCGCAAGGUGCAAAACAAACUGGAGAGCAACCGACAGCCUUUAAAUCCGCACAAUACAGUUCCAACCAAGGACCGUCAGCCUUUGGGGCAAAUCAACCUUCGUCUUCAAUCUCAGGCAUAUCCGAACAAAAGUCCAAAUCUAGCAAUAAUUUUGGCAGCGCUCCGUCUGCUUUCCCGCAAAUUAACAAUUUGAAAUCCACACAGUACUAUUCGAACCAACCUUCCGCUUUUGGCAACAAUUUAAGCAAUGGUCGUACCUUCGAUGAUGAUACCGUAUCGGUGGAAGCCCCAGCUAGCCACUUCAAUCGUCCGUCGCAGCAGAAUCCUGGCGUAUUAUCGCAGAAUGGGCAACCUUUUUCUUCAAACCGGCAAUAUUUAUCACCUCACUCCAACUUUGGAACUUCAACCCAACAAUCUCCUUCGUUUGGAACCUCUCCGCAGUCACAAACUACAAGUCAGGUUAAAGCCGGAGAGAAGAAGUUUGGCAGCCUUGGAUUCCUCUCAGGGCAGUCCCAAACACCUGCCCAACAGUCCUCAGAAUAUUAUAACAAUGUAGAUAACAGCAACAAAAAUGUGAGACUACCUGGUCCUGCUCAGGAAUCGCAACAAGCUAAGGGACAAAAUUCCCCUUCAUCGGGUGCUUCCUCUCCCUACAGGUAUGAUGUACCAUCUGUGAGCUUCACGAACUUUCCCACAGCGUCUCAGCGAAGUUCAAAGCCAGGAGAUGGCAACCAGUUUAACUCACCCAAAAGACCCGAAUUCGGAGGUGACAAAUUAGGCAAGGUCGGGUCUAAUUUUAAGUCACAGGCCGAAGUGCAGACCCCUGCGAGCCAGUUCCAAACUUCGUUGUUUAGAAAUCAGCCAGCGGCAUCUUUUGGUAGCGCAUUUGGCCCACAAAGCGGUCAAAAUUCGGUUGCUCAGAAGUCGCAAGCUGGAGUCGGCAGCCCUAGCUUUAAAGAAAAUCGCGUUCAAAAUCAGCAGGCGCAGGACUCUAACGGGGGUUAUUUGUAUUAAGAUCAUGUAAAGAUGCUGAACAAAAAUUUGAUUGCAACUGGUCCCUUUAAAUGAUUGUAUAGAUGUGUGCAUACUGUAAAAUAAAACUUUU